AUGGUGAAAUUAAAUAAAAAAGGAGUAAGUAAAUCUGAUGAAGUGAAAUUUUAUAAUAUAAAAGGAAAAAAAAAAGUUUUAAUUCCUGUUAAAGCUAAAAAAACAAUUGCUAAAAAGUAUUAUGGAAGAAAAUUAGCAUCAAAAAGAAAAUAUGUUGUUCAAAGAAAAAUUAGAAAAUCAAUUGAAAUAGGAAAAGUUGCAAUCAUAUUAUCAGGUAAACAUAUGGGUAAGAGAUGUAUUAUCUCAAAAAUUUUGAGAUCAGGAUUACUAGUUGUUGUAGGUCCUUAUGAAGUUAAUGGUGUCCCAUUAAAAAGAGUUGAUCCACGAUAUUUAGUUGUUACAUCUACUAAUAUAUUUAAUUUUGAUAAUAUGAAAAAAUUAAAAGAAAAUUUUAUGAAAAAACUUGAAGACAUUAAUGAUGACUCAUUCAUAAAAUCAUUAGAGAUAAAAAGAAAACAAAAAAAACUUCUUAAAAAUAAGAAUGAAUCCCUUUUUAUGAAUAAUGUUAUUGAUAAAAUAAAAGAAAUCAGAAAAGAAGAUCCCAAAACUCAAAAAUUAGAAAAUAUACAAAAAGAUAUUGGAAAUUUAUUAAAAGCAGAAAUUUUAAAAGAUAAAGUUUUUUACUCAUAUUUAAAAUCAAAAUUCACUUUAAGAAAUGAUAUGGUUUUACACAAAAUGAAGUUUUAA